UCGUCAGCCACGUUGUUCGCAAUAUUAAUGUCUACCCAACAGCCUGCAAGCAGCCUAACCGAGGCCGCAGCGUUACUUCACACUGUACUGGCGUCAGCGGAGACCAUUAGAACCGUGGCAACUUCAAGCCGCGACACACUGGACAGUCACUUAGCGUCGCUUUUCCCCUCCGGACAGCACAGCAGCAGUACACUGCCAGCUGCAGGUCCAGUCCGCAGAGAGUGCGCGCCGCGUUAUCAAGCGCAACGCUUCAGCUCUUGGACAUCGAACACGAGGAGGAAAAGAGUCAGGACACAGCAGCAUGACCAUUUCAACAAGGAUGUAAUACUACUCCCUAACCAAUCAUGGGGAAUAGUGUGCAAACAAGGUCCAAAAUCAUGGUUACACAAGCAUGGACACAUGGUUUUAGAACGCAUCAGGGAUGGCUUUGGUGAGCACAUUCCAGACGAUGUCAGCUCUAAGACAGGACUGGUACUACAUUGCUGGCAAAGCCAUUGCAGUGAGCUUGGUACAUGGCGGUCCACCACCAAACUUCCUCUCGCAGACAUAGCUGACACAGAACUCUUGGAAAAAGUCAAAAAGGUAUCUGAAAGUACAACCGUUGAGGACCUUGAGAAGUCAAAUGCUCCUUUGCUUGAUUACUUGGCCAAUGCAGGGUGUCUGAGGCCUAUGCGGUCGAUAAGAGACAGGGAUCUGCUGGUACAAGACAUUGUCAUGUUUCAGGUCAUCCACAGGGUUCAAGGGCCAUUUCAAAGAUUCUGUGAAGGACUGAAAACUCUUGGGGUUCUGGACCAAAUACGACGACAUCCAGACAGCUUCCGACCCCUGUUCUGCUAUGAGCCAAACACACUGACUGCUGACCAGGUGGAGGAUCUUUUCAGCAUUCAUCUCUCUCCAGAAGGGAGCAACAAGAGAGCUGCUGAGGAGAUGGUCAUCACUUUCUGGAGGGACUAUCUCCAAGAUGCAGAAGAAGAAGAAGGGCCAUCCAAACUAGAGAAGAUAUUGGCCUUCACAACUGGAGCAUCUGUGGUACCACCUAUCGGCUUUUCCCCAACUCCUUCUGUCCAGUUCAUACACAAAGGAGAUGAUGGCUUCUCUACAUCAAUGUUCCCCCUUGCCAACACAUGUGUUAACUGCAUCAAGUUGCCACUACAUGUGUCUUACGAACUAUUCAAGGAGAAGUUUGACUUUGCAUUAGGAAACACAUAUGGGUUUGGCAGGGCGUGAACAUGUCAUGCUCUGAAAACCUUUUGUCUGUUUCUCACGUUCUCUGUUUGUCUCUACCUUUUUGCUGGUCAGUGCAGAAGUGAAGAAAAAACAUCAAUUCCAUGGUUCCCAUCAUUUACAAUUGGGUUCACUUGUUGAAUAAUGUUCAUUGUAGUCUCAUUAAUAGUUACAUCUAUGUCUGGAAUUACAACAUUAUUAUUGGUUUGAAGUUCAGGUAAUGGCCCUUCUUCAUCAAUGCCAUAGUAGUUAUCGGCAUCAAAAAUGCUGUUUAUAGCUGGAUGAAUUCCUGCAUUAUUAAUAACACCUGAGUGCCACAGCUGGAGAGGUGUUUGCCCCCCUUGUGUGGAGAGGCCAUGGUUGUUCCAUUGAUUAAUGAAUUCUGUUACUGCUCUUUCAAUCCUUGGUAAAUAAACAAAAUGCAGACAAAAUAAAUGUAGUUCAUUCAAUGAAUCCAGUACACCAUGUUCCUCCAUGAAGUUAAAGAUGUUUAUAAAGUGUCUAGAUACAA